UAUUUCGUUUACAAAAACCGCUCGAUAAAAAGAUUUGUGACCAGUUCUCCUCCUCGUACCAAAGCGGUAAAACCAUGUUUAAUCCAAGUUCAGUUCUGAUCUUGGUCCUGGGAACCCUUGUCAGCCUUCACGGUAUAGCAGUCAUCACAGCGGCGGAUGCCGCUACCUCCAGUGGAACAAAUCUGGGAUUGAUCACCAUACCGUCGCAGGCGCAAGUAUGCUCGUGCUCGCUGUCAUUGUCCUGCAGCUGUUGCCAAAGCGUUGUAGUGAACGCUGUCAAUACAACCAAGACUCUGUGCCUGACAUUCAAAAUUAGCGUACUAAGUGGGUCAGUAGAUGUAGGUGUCACCAUGGAUGGAAAUUCGAUGACAAAGUUCACCAUCAGCACUACGUCACCACCCACAUUCUGCCUGCCAGUGCUCUCGUUAGUAACGCCUCUGGACAUGUGCCUCAAGCUGAACAUAAAGAUGGCUGGGCUGUCUGGAAUCCAGGCUUGCCCGACAUUCUAUUCCAGCUAUGAUAGCAGCAACGUUGUCAGCUAUGAUUUUCCGUGCAUUCAGCUGGGCUUGGAUGGAGUAAGCCUGGUGUGA